AUGACUUGGCGACAGGUCCUUCUCCUGUCCUGCCUCUCAGCCGUGGUGCUCCUGUCUAUGCUGCGGGAGGGGACCAGCGCAUCAGUGGGCAGCCCUCAGGAAGCAGGAGAAGAAGCCCAGGAAGGUGUGAAACCGAAGAUUUUCAUGCAGGAAUCAGAUGCCUCAAAUUUCCUCAAGAGGCGCAGCAAGCGGUCCCCCAAAUCCAGAGCCGAGGUUAAUGUGGAAAACAGGCAGAAGUUGCGGGCUGAUGAGCUACGGAGAGAAUAUUAUGAGGAACAAAGGAACGAAUUUGAGAACUUUGUGGAGGAACAGAAGGAUGAGCAGGAAGAGAGGAGCCGGGAGGCCGUGGAGCAGUGGCGGCAGUGGCAUUAUGAUGGGCUGUACCCUUCCUAUCUCUACAACCGCCACCGCAUCUGA